AUGCGCCUUAACAACUUUGCACCAUGGCGGUUUUUGACAGUCACUUUAUUUCAUCUGGACGCAUUUGAUACCAUGAUGCUGUGGGUGAGAUUUGGUUUAUCUCUCUCUAUUAUCAUUUUUGUUUUAGUAUUGACUGCGUUUUCAGCUAUAUAUCCGGAUAAACUAUUUUUAGGCCGAUUCGAUACUUCCAGUGUUGAUAUAUUCCAGGGCCUAUUCGACAAGCUCAGUAGUUCAGUGGUAGAUGAUUGGUAUACUGGUUUGAAUAAUGGUCUUGGCUUGACCACUUCAGAAGUACUAGUUCUUACUAAAUACUUAGAAUCGCAGGUUCACGAUUUACCGAAAUACGUCAAAACGAGCGUUUACGGAUGGUGCACCACUAAAUAUGCGGAAGAAGAGGUAUGGCAACAGGAUGGAACAUGGAAACAGAUCCAUAAUUCUACAACAGAAACUUCCUGCCGAUUUGAAGGUGCCCAUUAUCUCAUGAAUUAUAGAGAUCUCCUUAACGAACUUGGUCUUGGCUUAGUGUUAAGUUUUGCUUACGGCUACAAAUAUAAGUCUGGACAGUUAAUAGACGAUACCCCUGAGGGGAAGAGUUUCGAAAAGUACAUUAUAACGUUCUCGUGGAGAAAAUACCAGUUACUCAGUGUGCUAUAUGCUAUAGGUGUAAUGGAAUUGGCCAUCUUAGUUGGCAUUUUCCCAUACUACAAUUUGAAAUACAAUCCUCUGAGGCAAAGGAUGUCAAGGAUCCUACUACACUCAUUAUCUGUUUUGAAACUUUUGAUAUUUGCACUGGCAGUUGUGACAGUGGUGUGUUUUACUAUUAUUACUUUGUCUAUGAGAUAUAAAAUCUCAAUAGAGCUUGACUCCUAUGGGUUUUCAUAUCAUCUAGGUGGUGCAUGGUUUACAUUUUUGUGGCUUUUCGCAUUCUCCAAUAUUGCUUCAUGCCUGCUAUGGUCUGGGUACGAAUGGUGUAUUACAAAUCCUAGCAUAUUGCAUGAUUCAGAAGAGACAACAUUUAUGCUGGGUGUUCACAUGAUACCAAUGCAAAAAUCCUCUGCUGGCAGCAGGAAAAAUAUUAAUAUCGAAGAAACGAGUUAUGAAGGUAAUCUCAUCCGAACAAACUCUUCUGAUACUGUUUAUAGUAGAGCAGAAGCUAUUCUGCCAUCAAGCGCUUUCCACUUUUGA